UUUAAAGGAGAUGGUCAGUCUGUCUGUUUGAGGGGCUGGGUUUCUCUUUUAUCCAAGAAGAAGAAAAAAUCAGAGUUUCAAGCAUGACGAGACAAAGACACUGACUGAAACACUGACAAAUAAUGAUUUAAAAACUUUUACAACUCACCAUGGCUAUAAGGGAGCUCAAAGUUUGUCUUUUAGGGGACACUGGAGUUGGGAAAUCCAGUAUUGUUUGCCGGUUUGUUCAGGAUCAUUUUGACCACAACAUUAGUCCCACAAUAGGAGCAUCGUUCCUGACCAAGACAGUGCCAUGUGGUAACGAACUACACAAAUUUCUGAUCUGGGAUACAGCCGGACAGGAAAGGUUUCACUCCUUAGCUCCUAUGUACUACAGAGGAUCGGCUGCUGCUGUCAUCGUCUAUGAUAUAACCAAACUGGACUCUUUCCAGACACUGAAGAAGUGGGUGAAGGAGCUGAAGGAACAUGGUCCGGAGGACAUUGUUGUAGCCAUAGCAGGAAACAAGAAUGAUUUAGGAGACAUCAGGGAAGUUCCGAUGAAGGAAGCUAAGGAGUUUGCUGAAUCAAUUGCGGCUAUUUUCAUCGAGACUAGUGCCAGAAAUGCUGUCAAUGUUGAGGAGCUCUUUCAGAAGAUCAGUAAACAGAUUCCGCCGCUGGAGAAUCCCGAGGUGGACAGCAACGAGUCCUUUAAAUUGACCCGGCAGCCCACCAUGUCCUCCAGGAGGUGCUGCUAGUACCAACAGUGGCAGCUGAGAUCACUUCUUUCGGCACCAGGGACCCCACCAGCACAGCACAUAGUCCACAAUGCACACAAUGUCUUACUCCAGGGAAAGACAAGACAGUGGACAGAUGGAUGUCAGCUUGCACAUGUGGUCACCUGCAACAGAAAACCUGCCAACAGUAUUAUAAAUGGGUCUGUGGACAUUUUAUUUCAUUUAAUUGUAGCAAUCUGAUGAGGUAAGGAAGCAGUUUGUCCCCCUCAGGUGGUGUUUUGCCUGAAUUACAUUUCUGUCUGUGUGAUGUGACACAAAGCUCAUUACAAAAAGGCAGUUUUAUCCUGUUAUCUACAGUAACUUUGAAAUUAAGCACAAAUUAAUAACAAAUCAUUUGGCUGGCGUGCUCAUUAAAGCUGGGUUUUGGUUGUAAAUGCAACUACAUUACAUUUUCAUUUCAAGAGUUUCAUUGCACUGUGGCUCUUAGGGGGCACACAUUAAAUGAAAGUUUUUUUUAAUAUUAAUUUUUUUCAAGACUACACUUUUUCUCCUUGCGGAGCCUUUGUGUUCAUGUAUGUGUCACUUGUAUAGCAUUUGUUUAGAAUAUUUGAAUAAGAGGUUCUUAAGAUGCAUUCGGUUGAAUAGCUCAGAUACAGCGGCUUUACAUUCCACACACGUUUGCUGUAUGAGGGUUUAACUGUAAUGCUGCAGAAUACAAACAGCUUAGAGGCCUAAAUUGUAAUUACAGUAUGACACCCCCCUGUUGAAACACUGUGACCAAUACUAGACUUGUUUACAUAGUGAUUUGUUGAAGAUGUUUUCUACAUGCUGAGAUGUAUUGUCUGAGAUUUCACUACAGGGAAUGACUGUAUACGACUGCCAAACAUAACAAGUGUUUUAUCUGAAAAAAGGGUUACAUUUAUACCGUUAGGAAGAGAAAAGACUUGCAUGUAUUUUAAUCUAAUCAUGUCUACAGCUGUUAACGCUACAGAAAGGUUGUGUUGUAUAUAGUAACCAAACUCUAAAAGAAUUAUGGGAAUGUAUUCCUAAUUUUUGGCUUGCAAAAAGUGGAACAAUGAGCAAAGUCCUUAUCCCAGUUGUGUAAAAUGAGAUUAUGUAUUGUGUUUGUUGCUGUUUCUUUGGCAGUUGUGCCCUUGGUUUUGAUGCCUUAAAGAAUUUAUAACAGCACUUUUGCAUACAUUGACCACAGUAUUAUUCAGGAGUAACUUUUUAAAGUACUCCAUAACAGUAGUAUUAGAUGAAAGAUUGAAAUGGGCAUGAAAGUUAACUUCACAACAUGGUUUCAUAUGUUAACUAGUCCCACAUUUCCAUUGCUUAAAAAACAUGUUUACAUUUGUUCUUCGCAAUUAUAGCCUAAUUUUGCCAAUAGGUACUGCUCUCUGUGUGGAAAGUCACACCAAACUCUAUUCAAAAAUCUACCAAUCAUUGUGGCUUUGCUCACUAGAAAAAAAAAAAAACAUACAGUACAUUCCUCCCUGGAUGUGAUGUAACUUUUAUUUAAUCCUGAGUUUUCUGUGGGUAAAUGUGUCUCACAAAUAGAAUCUUUUACAACAAGCAAAUGCCAACCACAAUCUUCCUCCAAAAAAGAAAGACAGUGAUUAAGUGAAACUGAAUUAUGAGUUGCAUAGUAGGCCAGAUGUACUGUAUAUCAGAUUUUACUGGCACGUUGAGAAUAACUUCAUGAAAUGCAGAUUUUUUGAUGCAGUCUGGUGUGACAUUACCUCCAUACCAGAGACAAAGAUACAGAGAAAAUACAUUUUAUUAGAAGUUUCAUGUUGCCAUUUCCAACACAUACUUUAUGUGUAGCCACACAAGUGCCUUUUGUAUGUUUUUCUAAACAAAUGUAUGACAUGGCUAAAGAGAGCGUACUGCUAGAAUAAUGCAUGAAUUACUAGUCUAAAUCUGUACAGAGUAACCUGUACGCAUAGCAGUCAACUCUGAAACUACCAGUUACCUGCAGCAAUCCUUAUACUGUAUGCCUUAGUCAUGCUUCCCUGUAUCCUCUGUAGACCAGAUUAACUUUUGUAUAUUAAUCAGUGUAAUAAAGUAGUAAUUAUUCUA